CUGCACCAUUGUGUAAGGAAGUGAACAUGUUGACAUUGUAAUGGACGCUGAAGGAGCAUUGAAAGAAAGCAGCUUGUUGAUGCGUACUGCAGGCCGGCUGGAUUCAUCACCCACAUGUGGGGGGACAGAUGCACAUGGACUUGAGGGCUCACAUCUGAGUCUUCUGGGGUUCAGUCUUCCUAGUGUCCAUGCGUCUGAUAGUACCUCCACACAGACCUUACCACAGCACCUACGUAAACCAGAGUUCCCUGACACAGGAUGGGAUCGUAUCAAAGAUCUUUUCCACAGGAGCGAGGGUCAGAUGUACUCAGAGGAGUUAAGGAAUAUAGUAAAGAGUGGCAUUGCUGCAGCUGUGGUUGGGAUGGUCUAUGGAGGCCUACCAGGAGCAAGACAUGCCCGUGAGAGAUUCAUCCAGCUCAGCCAGGCUGAAAUUUACCAAAACAGAGUGGAUGCAGUGCGCUCCGCCCAUAAUGCAUCUAUUCGUGGGUUUGUGCGCUUUGGCUGGAGGUGGAGCUGGAGGGUAGCAGCUUUUGUGACCAUGUUUAACACUGUAAGUACUGGAUUGACGGUGUACAGAGACCAAAAUGCUCUGAGCCAUUUUGCUGUUGCAGGUGCUCUCACAGGAGGAGUGUUCCGGCUGAAUCUGGGAUUUAGAGGGCUGCUGGCUGGUACGGCCAUAGGAGCUGUUCUGGGGCUGCCGGCUGGAGUUGUAAUCAUUGGUCUGCAGAAGCUGGGGGGCGAGACCAUGCAUGAAAAGAGACAACGGGAAAGACGAGAGCUACAUGAGCUGAGAGUCGCUGAAUGGAAUGCUCGUCUCAAGCUUACAGAUGAUCUCAUUGGGGAAAUGAAGUGUGAGAAACAUCAGGACACUGAUAAUGACCUUCAACGAAUAGAGGAGCUCCUCAAUCAACCUAGGAAUGAGAAAGGUGCAAAGAGCUCUGACAGCCAGUAACAUCAGACUGGAAAAUUAAUUAACCAAAACUCCUGGCUGAACAUUCUGACUAUGGUCUUUCUCGGAUGUUCUACUAAAUUCCUGGUACCUGCUCCCAGUAUAUGUGUCAGUCACCAUCAUCAAUGUAAUACUUACCUUCAAAUGCAAAUGUUAUUUACUGCACUUAUGUGCAUAUCCCUAUUUAUUUUAAAACCUGCAGAAACUUGAUGAAGCUGAUGCAGUUGGGUAAAGUAUUUGGAUUAGACACACUGACAAGUAACAAAUGUUUUGUGUGUUAUUGUAAUUGAUGGGUUUAACCAAUGUAAAAUAUCAGUGCCAAAUAAACUCAGCAAAAAAGAAAAGUCUAUUUUUUAAUGUAUUUUAAAGAUAAUUUGUAAAAUCCAAAUAAGUUUACAAAACAAUGUUUUCCGUACUUGUUCAAUGAACCUUAUGGAACCUUAUGAUUUAUACGCUGGUUCUGACUCUGG